AUGACUACCGAAGUAAGCGCAAUAGGCUGUUUAAUAGUGUUUAUUUGCCAGGCUAUUUGAAACCAGUAUUUGCAGAACUCUCCAACAUGACAGUGACAGCUCAAGGUUUAUCUGAAUUGUUUGUGUCUCUCUGUCAUGAGUGGGACUACAAUUAAUUAGUGUCUUAAUGUCUUUACGUUUAUAAUAGGUGUCAGUGUUGUAUUUCGCCAAAAGUGCUGAGUUGACGGGACUCAAAUCAGAGACGAUCAGGGUCCCUUCAGAACUGACGACCCGAGACGAUCAGAGUCCCUUCAGAACUAUCUAUCUCCACCAAUUUCAGUUUGACUUAUUUUAGCUUCCUCAACCCUCAUUCCUGACACAGAGAUGUCUGAAAAAGCUGACCCAUGACAAGCUCUCUGUGGACGCAGUGUCAGACUCUGUCACCUCCCCCUCCUGUGGCGCUAUUUCUAUCUUCAUAGGUGAGGACUUUACACAGAACUCAUCAAUAUAUACAGUACCAGUCAAAAGUUUGGACACACAUACUCAUUCCAGGGUUUUUCUUUAUUUUUACUAUUUUCUACAUUGUAGAAUAUUAACUAUGAAAUAACACAUAUGGAAUCAUGUAAUAACCAAAAAAGUGUUAAACAAAUCAAAAUAUAUUUUAUAUUUGAGAAUCUUCAAAGUAGCCACCCUUUGCCUUGAUGACAGCUUUGCACACGCUUGGCGUUCUCUCAACCAGCUUCAUGAGGUAAUCACCUGGAAUGCAUUUCAAUUAACAGGUGUGCCUUGUUAAAAGUUAAUUUGUGGAAUUUCUUUCCUUCUUAAUGCGUUUGAGCCAAUCAAUUGUGUUGUGACAAGGUAGGGGGUGUAUACAGAAGAUAGCCCUAUUUGGUAAAAGACCAAAUCCAUAUUAUGGCAAGAACAGCUCAAAUAAGCAAAGAGAAACGACAGUCCAUCAUUACUUUAAGACAUGAAGGUCAGUCAAUCUGGAAAAUUUCAAGAACUUUGAAAGUUUCUUCAAGUGCAGUCGCAAUAACCAUCAAGCGCUAUGAUGAAACUGGCUCUCAUGAGGACCGCCACAGGAAAGGAAGACCCAGAGUCACCUCUGCUGCAGAGGAUAAGUUCAUUAGAGUUACCAGCCUAGAGUUCAAGUAACAGACACAUCUCAACAUCAACUGUUCAGAGGAGACUGUGUGAAUCAGGCCUUAAUGGACAAAUUGCUGCAAAGAAACCACUACUAAAGGACACCAAUAAGAAGAAGAGACUUGCUUGGGCCAAGAAACACGAGCAAUGGACAUUAGACCGGUGGAAAUUUGUCCUUUGGUUUGAUGAGUCCAAAUUUGAGAUUUUUGAGACUCACUUUGUGAGACGCAGAGUAAGUGAACAGAUGAUCUCCACAUAUGUAGUUCCCACCAUGAAGCAUGGAGGAGGAGGUGUGAUGGUGUGGGGGUGCUUUGCGGGUGACACUGUCAGUGAUUUAUUUAGAAUUCAAGGCACACUUAACUAGCAUGGCUACCACAGCAUUCUGCAUUGAUAUGCCAUCCCAUCUGGUUUGCGCUUAGUGGGACUAUCAUUUGUUUUUCAACAGGACAAUGACCCAACACACCUCCAGGCUGUGUAAGGGCUAUUUGACCAAGAAGGAGAGUGAUGGAGUGCUGCAUCAGAUGACCUGGCCUCCACAAUCACCCGACCUGAACCCAAUUGUGAUGGUUUGGGAUGAGUUGGACCGCAGAGUGAAGGAAAAGCAGCCAACAAGUGCUCAGCAUAUGUGGUAACUCCUUCAAGACUGUUGGAAAAGCAUUCCAGGUGAAGCUGGUGGAGAGAAUGCCAAGAGUGUGCAAAGCUGUAAUCAAGGCAAAGGGUGGCUACUUUGAAGAAUCUAAAAUCUAAAAUAUUUUUUGGUUACGACAUGAUUCCAUAUGUGUUAUUUCAUAGUUUUGAUGUCUUUACUAUUAUUAUUCAAUGUAGAAAAUAGUAAAAAUAAAGAAAAAACCCUUGAAUGAGUAGGUGUGUCCAAACUUUUGACUGGUACUGUAGCUGAGUAUGGACUUUACACAGAUCUCAUCUUCAUCGGUGAGUAGGGACUUUACACAGCUCUGCUCAACUACUUCGAUGUCAACUGUUUUAUCAGAGCACACCUGUUUACACUGAAGGCUUGUGUUAGGCUUUAGCUCAGCAGGCUUAUACAGUCAGUCUCGUGGCACACAAUAGACCCUGGUUGGAAGUUUGAACCCAGUCGCUCACACAUGUUCAGUCAAAGGCAAGCUGAGGCCAGGAUGUCUGUGAUGGUGAUUAAUGGAUUAUUUCAGCGAGGACAAGGAACAAUUUUGAGGGGAAGAAGAUGGUGCAGCUGGAGUAUGAAGCCUACGUCUCCAUGGCCCAAUCAGAACUCAGGAAGAUCUACACAGACAUCAGGGCAAGGUGACCCACUGUCAGGCACAUCUUCACACAACUCUCCCUGUCACAUUCCUGGUAAACUAACUAACUAACUAACUAACUAAUUAACUAACUAACUAACUAACUAACUAACUAACUAAUAACAGUGUUUUAACUCUGAGACAGUAACUCUGUUACUAUGUGAGACUCUAUGAGUGGGGAACUGUAACUCUAUGAGAACUGUAACUCUAUGGGUGGGGAACUGUAACUCUAUGAGAACUGUAACUCUAUGAGAACUGUAACUCUAUGAGAACUGUAACUCUAUGGGUGGGGAACUGUAACUCUAUGAGAACUGUAACUCUAUGAGAACUGUAACUCUAUGAGGACUGUAACUCUAUGAGAACUGUAACUCUAUGAGAACUGUAACUCUAUGGGUGGGGAACUGUAACUCUAUGAGAACUGUAACUCUAUGGGUGGGGAACUGUAACUCUAUGGGUGGGGAACUGUAACUCUAUGGGUGGGGAACUGUAACUCUAUGGGUGGGGAACUGUAACUCUAUGAGAACUGUAACUCUAUGAGAACUGUAACUCUAUGAGAACUGUAACUCUAUGAGAACUGUAACUCUAUGAGUGGGGAACUGUAACUCUAUGGGUGGGGAACUGUAACUCUAUGGGUGGGGAACUGUAACUCUAUGAGAACUGUAACUCUAUAAGAACUGUAACUCUAUGAGAACUGUAACUCUAUGAGAACUGUAACUCUAUGGGUGGGGAACUGUAACUCUAUGAGAACUGUAACUCUACGAGAACUGUAACUCUAUGAGGACUGUAACUCUAUGGGUGGGGAACUGUAACUCUAUGGGUGGGGAACUGUAACUCUAUGAGAACUGUAACUCUAUGGGUGGGGAACUGUAACUCUAUGAGAACUGUAACUCUAUGAGAACUGUAACUCUAUGAGGACUGUAACUCUAUGAGAACUGUAACUCUAUGAGAACUGUAACUCUAUGAGAACUGUAACUCUAUGGGUGGGGAACUGUAACUCUAUGAGAACUGUAACUCUAUGAGAACUGUAACUCUAUGAGAACUGUAACUCUAUGGGUGGGGAACUGUAACUCUAUGAGAACUGUAACUCUAUGAGAACUGUAACUCUAUGAGAACUGUAACUCUAUGAGAACUGUAACUCUAUGGGUGGGGAACUGUAACUCUAUGAGAACUGUAACUCUAUGAGAACUGUAACUCUAUGGGUGGGGAACUGUAACUCUAUGAGAACUGUAACUCUAUGAGAACUGUAACUCUAUGAGAACUGUAACUCUAUGAGAACUGUAACUCUAUGGGUGGGGAACUGUAACUCUAUGAGAACUGUAACUCUAUGAGAACUGUAACUCUAUGAGAACUGUAACUCUAUGAGAACUAUAACUCUAUGGGUGGGGAACUGUAACUCUAUGAGAACUGUAACUCUAUGGGAACUGUAACUCUAUGAGAGACUGCUACAAGACUAAGUUUCUUCUUCUGUUUUCCAGACUGGUGCCUGUGACUGAGGCCAGUGUGAUCAUCAGCAUCUCAUCUCCUCACCGAGGGGAUUCUCUGGAGGCAGUGCAAUUCUGUAUAGACACCCUGAAAGCCACC